AUGACCCCUCUGCCCUCUCUAGGGAUGAAUCAGAAGAAUGAAAUUUCUAUGUCUAAUGCAUUAUCUACCGAACCUUUGGACAUUUGUGACUCAGUCACGACUGGUUCAAGAAAUAAGAAGAGGAAAAAGAACGAGAGAAAGUCAAAGGUGUGCAAUCCAGGAGAUUUGAGUCACCCUUCUUCUAGGAAGGCCAUCGGGAAUGAGAUGGAAAUUCAGGAGGAUAGUUUGGCCUUUGAUCACAAGAAACUCUUUGGAGAACCCGAAAUUAUUGUGGCUCCCAAUCAAAGCAUUCAGAGCCCGAAAUCUUCUGAAUUUCAACAGGCCUCUUUAACAGAAAAGUUUGUAGAAACUGUCCAAGAAAAGGAUAGUGAGAUGCUUGAUGCCAAUUCCGGUAAACAGUAUAGUGGAGAUAGUGCUGAGAUGGGUAAAGUCGCUGGGGGCAUUGAGAAGGCUAUUGUCACUGGUGAAUCUGUAGCUGCUUCCAAAACUGAGGAACUUAAAGCAUCGCCAAAGAAAAGAAAGAAGUCUAAAAGAUUAAAGGAGUCGGAUGGGGAAAAAUGCAUCAAUUCAUUUACCGAGCACAUUGAAAGCUCUUUAAUUGGAAGAUCUUUAGCCGACCUUCAAAAGUUCCUCAAGGUGAUGAAUCCCGAAAUAAAACUUGAGAACCAAGAAAACUUCUUGUCUCAAGCAAGGGGAGGAGAAACAAUGGUGAUGGCUGUUGCAGAGCCUCUUGAUGUGCAUGGGGUAACGUGGAAUCUUCUCAACAAGUUAUGA